AUGUCGGUGGUAGUAAGAUGCGAUCGACCGUAUAAAAAGGAGGAUUUGAGACGAAUGAUAGUGUGGUGCGGUUGCUGCCCACCAGAAGAACCGUACUGUCCGCCAAUUUGCGAUCCGUGCCCUCAGCCCGUCUGCGCUUACACGUUGAAUUGCUGUCCGCCUCCGUGUCCACCUCCUAGCUGUUCUCCAUGCAUGCCCCCGAUACCUCUCACCUGCAUGCCAUGUCCUCCGCAGCCUUGCCUCUUACCCUGCGCACCACGACCAUACGUUUGCCCGCCCUGCACAGGUCAUCCCUGCAUCACCUGUGCGCCUUUACCUAAGCCGGUCCCGGCGCCCUUCGAACUCGGGCCAGUUUACAGAGCACCGAUUACCACCGGUGGAUUAUUUUACACCGGAACCGUUAGAUAUCCAUGCGUGCCUUACGCGGGUUGCUGUUAA